AUGGAGAUGGAGUUUGAGCAGGGCAUGAACGAGGUGAUCGUCCACCACUACAACCACUCGGGGAAGUGGGGUCGUCGUCGCAGCAACGAGGUCUGCAAGAUGACCUUUCUACUGAUCAUCUGCAUCCUCAUCGUGUUGGAGAACAUCACGGUGCUUCUCGCCUUGUGGCGGAAUAAACGCUUCCACAGCCGCAUGUAUUUCCUCAUCGGGAACCUGGCGCUGUCCGACCUGCUGGCCGGCGUGGCCUACGUGGUCAACAUCUUCACCUCGGGACGCCAGACGUUCUUCCUCAGCCCGCGACAGUGGCUGUUACGCGAGGGUAGCAUGUUUGUGGCGCUAAGCGCGUCCACGUUCAGUUUGCUGGCUAUCGGCAUCGAACGUCACAUGACCAUGGUCCGCCUGAGGCCGUGCGAGACGGCGGGUCGUGGAAGACUUCUGGGAUUACUGGCGGCUUGCUGGGCCGUUUCUCUGCUCCUGAGCGCCCUUCCCAGUCUGGGCUGGAAUUGCAUGGACCGGUUGGAAUCUUGCUCCACCGUUCUGCCGCUCUACGACAAGAGCUACUUAGCGUUCUGCAUCAGCGUUUUUAGCGCGCUGCUGGUCGCUAUCACGAUCCUGUACAUCCGCAUCUACCGUCUGGUGACCUCCAGCGGCCGCAGGGUCAGGAGCAGGCCGUCUGAGCACUCGCUCGCUCUCCUGCGGACGGUGGUGAUCGUCCUGAGCGUGUUCGUGCUGUUUUGGGCGCCUCUGUUUCUCAUGCUGCUGCUGGACGUGGUCUGCGGGCCCGAGCUUUGCCCCGUACUCUACCAGGUGGACUGGUUCAUCGCUCUGGCCGUUCUCAACUCGGCCUUCAACCCUCUGAUCUACACCCUGACCAGCCGAGAGAUGAGAGACGCCUUCUGCCGCUUGCUCUGCUGCCGCCAGUCCCACCUCGACCCCCUGUCGCCUGGCGCAGACGCCCCCAACCCCAACACCAGGGACCCCACGGCGGAACACAGCAGGUCCAGCGUGCCGGGAGGGGGCGGCGGAGGGGCCAGGUCGACGCUGACGAGGGGGAAAGCGGCGCCCCCUCUCGGUUCGUCUCGGCAACACGCCGACCCCCCUGUCCCGGUCGUGGCGCACCCCUCGGGCCCCGCGGACCUGCUCUCGGCGGUGCUGGUCAAAGCCGGGGCGCUACCAUCCCUCAGCAAGUUCUGA